AUGGGAAACCUUUUGACGAAUAUAAGUCUUGGAAGAGUUUCGGUUUCAUUCACUUACACAAUUAAAGCCAUGGAGCCAUUUUUUACUGUUCUCUUUUCUGCCCUUCUACUUUCAGAGUUGCCAUGCGGAAUUGGAUUCCAAUUUCUGCCAAAUCCCAUGGAGGGUCAUUAUGAAGUUGUGAUCAGCUUAUCUGAGGUUGUAGCUUCAGACCCAGAAGAUGAUAAACUUCAUGAUGAUAUUAAAGCUGUAGAAAAGCAUACAUCUUUUCAUUCAGCCAUAUCAGAACUUGCAGGUCAUUUUGAUGGGGAAUCUAUGUUGUUCUUGCAGAGAUUUUUUCGCACAAGAGUGAAACAUGUAGUAUCCAUAGGUUCCUUGAAGCUUGAUCUUGCUCUUGGAAUUGGAGGAUUACCAAACGGAAGAAUUGUUGAGGUUUAUGGGCAAAAGGGAUCAGGCAAGACAACACUUGCUUUGAAUAAGUUAUUUUUGGUAGGUUAUUGUGAUUACUUGGAUGUGGAGAAUGCACUGGACCCACUGCUGCUUGAAACAAUUUGUGUAAAUACCAAAAGUAUUCUCAUCUCAAAACCAAAUUCUGCUGAAAAUUUGCUAAGUAUUGUUGACACUCUCACACAGAGUGGAGCAGUUGAUGUGAUUUUCAUCGACAGUGUUUCUACACUCAUCCCACAACGUGAAAUUACAGGUGUAAUAAGUGACAAUAUCAUUGAGACACAAUCACGAAUAAUGACACGAGCACUUCGUAAGAUUCAUUAUUAUUUAUAUCGUUCAGAUACUCUUAUUAUAUUUAUAAAUCAAGUGAGAUCAAAUUUGAGAUCACGCCAAGAGGGACUUAAAGUAAAUGAGGUGACAUGUGGUGGAAACGCCUUGCUAUUUUAUUCAGUUGUACGGAUGAGAACUGCUAGAAAAGGAUUGCUCAAGACUCAGGAAAAGAUUACUGGUCUUGGUAUAUGUGUGGAGGUGGUAAAGAAUAAGCUAGCACCUGCUAUGAAAAAGGCAGAGCUGGAGAUUGAGUUUGGAAGAGGCAUAUCUCGUGCAUCUAAGGUGCUAAAAUUGGGUUGUGAACAUGGGGUUGUCUUAAAAGAAGGAAAUAGUUACUUCAUAGAUGGAGAAGUUAUCAAUGGUAAGAUGCAAGUUGAAACUUAUUUGAUUCAGAAUACAAUAAUUUGUGAUAAGUUGGUAAAGACUCUACGAAGACACUUGUUUCGAAUUGCACAAGAUUCUGAAUCAUGA